UGUUGGAGAGAGCAGUUCGACAGUGUAGUGCUACCCAUAGCUACAGACAACUAGACAUGGUGCAGAUGCUGAAAGCGUUAAUCGUUCCGGGUGUGCUGGCCGUCGCCGGCUGCUGCUGGUGGUGGUAUAGCUCCCGGAAGAAAACUCCAGGUACCAGCCAGGACAAUGAGAAGAAGGAGGAUGAGCUUUCUUCCUCUAGUGGUGAAGAGCAGUGUGCACAGUCUGAGACUAGAGCACCUCUCUCAAGCCCAGAGGAGCUCCCCCUUCAGGACAGUGUGGAAGACAGCCAGCCAGCAGAGAGCAGUGAGCAGGAAAUCUGGCUUGAGGAGCCAAUCAUCAUCAUAGAGGAUCCUCAGACUAAAGACACAACAGUGUCUGCUAUAGAGCUUCCAGAGCUCAGUGUGGCUGAUGACCUGACUUUCUCUUCUGAAGAUGGACAGUGUGCUCAGUCUGGGACUAGAGCACCUGUCUCAAGCCCAGAGGAGCUCCCCCUUCAGGACAGUGCGGAAGACAGCCAGCCAGAUGGACAGUGUGCUGAGUCAAGCCCAGAGGAGCUCCCCCUGCAGGACACCACAAUAGAGGAUCCUCAGGCUGAAGACACUCCAGUGUCUGCUGUAGAGCUUCCAGAGUUGAGUGUAGUCUGUCUAGACCUGUCUGCCUCUAGUGAAGAUAGACAGUGUGCUCAGUCUGAGACUGGGAGUAUUUCACUUCCCAUCUCGACUGCAGCACCUGUCUCAAGCCCAGAGGAUCUCCCCCUUCAGGCCAGUGUGGGCGACAGUCAGCCAGCCUGGAGCAGUGAGGGGAAAAGGCUGCUUGAGGAGCCAAUCAUGGACAAAGAGGAUCCUCCUACUAAAGACGUACCAGCUUCCUUUCUGGGACGAAGCACAAAACCACGGGUUCUUUCCACCUCCCUGCCAAUUUUCGUAAGGGAUGAAAAGUACGAGGCUCAAAUGGAGAGCCUUUCCCAGGUGGCGUGGGACACAGUAAUGGAUGAUUGGUAUUAACUUACCAAAUAAAAGCCAAAAAAUAUAUCAGCUCUGGAG